AUAAAAAUAUUAAUAAUUUUUCAAAAAUGUUGGAUGUAAAAUAUUGUCAGUUAAUACGCUAUAUUUUGUUACCAAAGAAAGCAACACUACAUUAUAACCGGCAUAACCUCAUCAUUUUGUUGACAUAAGUAACGUUUCAAUGUACCAAAAUGUUUAUUCCAAUAACCAAGGACAAAAAUUUAAACGAAUGGGCCAUCAUAGAACUGCAGGGUGACAUUCAAUUCGAUUCAAGCUUACAAAAGUCUGAUCAAUUGUUGAUCGGUGAUUUGUUUUAUAUGAAAGAUUGUGGUACACCAGUUUUUAUUAUUGGAACUCAUAUUUUGCAUGGGAAAGAAAUAACUUUAUCAAAACCAUUUGCAGUAUUAGAAAAAAAGAAAGUAGCAGUUGAUGAUAAUUUUGUUACUGAAUAUACUGUCAAAGCUAUUGUUAAAAAAAAAUUAAUAUUUAAGAUGAGACCUAAACCUAUAAUUAGAGAGAUGCCAACUAGCAAGUAAAUAUUUUUUUAUUUAAUCAUAAAAUUGAAUAAAUAUUGUCUUAAGAAAUAUCUUAAAAUAA